AUGGUGGUGCAAGGUAAACAUAUCGGGGGCUGGUACUACGAUACUAUAGUCGCCAGCAUGCCAGAAUAUAUGGCCUAUCUCCGCACGCAGUUACUUGAGAAGUUUAGUGUUGAAAUAAGGAUAAUGGACGUUCCGAGUACUAGUGUGGUCAGCACUUUCGAAGAUGCUAAGCGUGAGUACGG